AUGGUAGUUAGGAUUAUAGUGGAUGGUAGUGGAAUUAUUUACAGAGAUGAGGGUGAUGGUUUCAAAACUCCCUCCAAGAAUUUGGUAUUGACUUCUUAUGGGAAGGAAGAGGAAGUGCCCGAAGUAAAGGAGGGUAUGGUUUUCCCUAAUUGGGAGGGGAUUGAUACUCAACUGAAGGCGUAUGGGAGGCAAAAGGGAUUUUAUUUUGUCCGUCAUUGUGGUUCGUCGAAGAAAUGUACUAGCAGUAGCUUGUCACAUGAUGGGUCUGAAAUUGGAAUAGUAGAUAAACAGAAUCGUAAUUUUAUGUGGACUUGUGAGUGCUAUGGUCUUCCUGAAAGGAAGCGGAAGGUCAGUUGUGAUGAUGGUUCUGAUUUGAUGGUUCUUGUUGGCAGUGGUGUACGCAAGUCUAAGAAAUGUGAAUGUCCCGUACAUGUAUUUUCUAGUGUAAAUGAGAUAGGGCAAUGGGUUAUACGUAGAUCAGUCAUGGGACAUGCAAAUCACCACCCAACCCCGGGUAAGUCCCGAACAAUUUCUUCAUUAUGGAAGCAGUUCAUUGAAGAUAAUCCUCAUGUAGGUCGGGAAUUUGAGGUGUGUAGGAAGGCUGGCAUGCGGCCAAAUCAAGUGUAUAAUUUGAUGUCAACCAAGAGGAAUGGUAAAGCGCACGUGCCCUUUUCACAGAAGGAUCUUCAUGAUUAUGCUGCUAAACUGAGAAAGGAAAAGUCGAAAGGGGGAGGUGCUAGGGCGAUGUUUUCUUACUUUGAGAAGAUGAAAGACGAUAAUCCUGAAUUUUUUCACGUGUUUAGGCAAGGUGAUGAUGGGCUCUUGCUAGAUGUUCUUUGGGUUGAUGCUCGUAGUAGAGCGGCGUAUGAGGAGUUUGGUGAUGUUGUAUGCUUUGACACCACCUACUUGACCAAUCAAUAUAGAAUGCCAUUUGCGAAUUUUGUAGGUGUAAAUCAUCAUGGGCAAAGCAUAUUACUUGGAUGUGCUUUGGUAUCUCGUGAGACAGCUGACACCUUUGAGUGUAUAUUUAGUCAUUGGUUGGAGUGUAUGGGAGGUAAAGCGCCCAUCGGGAUAUUGACCGAUCAGGAAGCCGCUAUGAGGAAGGCUUUAAGGUCGUCAACCAUGAGUCAAUCAUGUCAUAGGUGGUGUCUAUGGCACAUUACGUAUAAGUUUCGUAAGAAGCUCGGAAAGAAUGUAGAGUACCUUGAUUUGAAGGAAGAUCUGGAGCAUGCGAUUUAUGAUAGUCUUGAUGCUGAUGAAUUUGAAAUGAAUUUGGCAACUGUGAUGGAGCGGUAUACCCUGUCAAAGAAUGAAUCUGAUUGGCUUGAAGGUAAGUAUGCUUGCAACCUUCUUUUUUGA